AUGGAGAGUAGCGAUGGUCCGACAGAGCCUGGUUCGCUUGAUUUGGGAGAUGGAGAUCCAAACCAGCAGAUCGAGGAAAUGCAAUCAUCGCUACGGAGGGAAGUUGAGACUCACGCCGGUGGAGAGAAGGCGGGAAAGAUUUGUGGUGGUUUGGGCUUUGAUAACUCAUUCCGAGUUGAUGCAAUAGGCCAGCGAGGAGGUCUUUGGCUUCUGUGGAGAUCCGGUUGUGGUGUGGUCACGAUAGAGGAAUCCUCGGAACAGUUUAUUUAUGCACGAGUGGAUGAUGGAGUAGAGAGGCUCCAUCUGAUUGUUGUUUACGCAGCUCGGACAGUCAGUCGACGCAGCGGAUUGUGGGAGGAACUUAGUGGAGUGAUCCAAGGCAUCAGUGAACCGCUAGUUGUAGGUGGCGAUUUCAAUACAAUCCUCCGGCUUGAUGAGAGAACAGGGGGAAAUGGUCGUUUAUCUCAGGACUCGGUGGCAUUUGGUGAGUGGAUUAGUGACGCCUCGUUAAUUGACAUGGGGUUUACAGGGCAUCGCUUUACAUGGAGAAGAGGUCGCACAGAGCAAUAUUACAUUGCUAAGAGACUAGAUAGAGUGCUCUGCAACGCACAGGCGAGACUGAAGUGGCAGGAGGCAUCAGUUACCCACCUUCCGUUCUUAGCUUCGGACCAUACGCCGCUGUAUGUUCAGUUAUCUCCGGUGCAGACAGGGGACUCAAGGCGGAGACCAUUUCGUUUUGAGGCGGCGUGGCUACUACAUGAGAGUUUUAAGGACUUGUUAAGGCAGUCUUGGAAUGACUCGGUAUCUACACCAAACGCUCUCCAAGGGUUAAAGGAUAAGCUCAAAAGAUGGAACCGGGAUGUCUUUGAGGAUGUUAAUAAAUGCAAGGAGGAUCUGAUGAGAGAGAUUAAGGAUGUCCAAGAUAUACUCGAGGCCCAACAGACGGACGAUCUAUUGAGCAGGGAAGAGACGUUGCUCAGAGAGCUUGAUGUUGUGUUGAAACAAGAAGAGCUCAUCUGGUUCCAGAAAUCUCGAGAAAGAUACAUAGCCCAUGGGGAUCGCAAUACAAGGUACUUCCACACCUCAACUGUGAUAAGACGAAGGCGUAAUAGGAUCAAAAGCUUGAAGGAUGAUGGAGGACAGUGGGUAUCAAGUCAAUCAGAGCUGGAGGCAUUGGCAGUGGGAUACUACAAGCGUCUCUACUCAAUGGAUGAUGUUGAGCAGGUAGUAGAGAAGUUACCACCGGAGGGAUUUUCGGGGCUAAGAAGUGAUGACAUUACCCUGUUGGAACGAGCUUUUGUACCCGAUGACGUGGAUGGAGCUAUUCAGAGCAUGGGUCGAUAUAAAGCCCCAGGCUUGGACGGCUUCCAACCGGUGUUUUAUCAUGACUGCUGGGAAAUUGUCGGACGGUCAGUACAGCAGUUCGCCUUGGAGUUUUUUUGUGACAGUCAAGUUUCCAUCCCUGGGAGAUUGAGUGUGGACAAUAUUGUUGUGGUUCAGGAGGCGGUUCAUUCAAUGAGACGUAAGAAGGGUAAGAAAGGUUGGAUGCUUUUGAAACUGGACUUGGAGAAAACUUAUGAUAGGAUCAGAUGGGAUUUCUUGGAGGAUACUCUCAAGGCAGCACACUUCCCGGCACGAUGGGUACAAUGGAUCAUGAGAUGCGUCACGGGUCCGUCAAUGUAUUUGCUGUGGAAUGGGGAAAAGUCUGAGCCAUUUGUACCGCUACGAGGCUUGCGCCAUGGGGAUCCGCUAUCUCCGUACCUAUUUGUCCUCUGUUUGGAGAGAUUAUGUCAUCUUAUAGAUACCUCGAUGGUUCGUGGUGAAUGGAAACCGAUCAGAUUAUCACGUGGAGGCCCUCAGCUCUCACAUAUCUGCUUCGCUGAUGAUUUGAUUCUAUUUGCUGAAGCGUCUUUCUCUCAAAUUAAGAUCAUUCGACGCAUUUUGGAGCGGUUCUGUGAAGCAUCGGGGCAGAAGGUCAGUUUGGAGAAGUCAAAGAUCUUUUUCUCUGGGAAUGUUAGUCGAGAUCUAGAGAAGCUGUCACAGGCGAGAGUGGGAUCAAGUUAA